ACUAGAUCACAGUCAGCCGCAGAAGAUAUCGUCGCUCAUCAGGCUCCCCCCCAACGUUGGCAUUCGCUAUCUUUUACUUUUUCAUAUCCGUGUAGACUAUCUCACUGUUGUUUGUUUCAACACGUACAAUAUAUAAUUCCUUGACCUUGGAGCCAACUCUCCUUCCUUGACUCCCUCACCCUAAUCAUCUACUUCGAUACAUAGUUUACUUCCCAUUUUUAAUCCUCUGCUCUGUCGCAGUCAUGCAUGCACCAACCCUCCUUUCCCUUCUUCUACCCCUGAUAGGGACUACCGUUACUGUUGCACAACCACAACAACAGUCCCCAGCCUCGACAGCAACAACAACAACAAGCCUAGCAAUCCACACCGCCCCGGGCUCAGGGUACGUGUACUACGGCUGCUACAACGAGACCACAGGCCUGUCCGACACGACGGGCGCCCGCGCGCUCAACGGCGGCACCAACCUGGUGGCGCCGGGCAACAUGACGGUCGAGCUGUGCUGGCAGUUCUGUCGCACCGGCGCGGGCGACAGCAGCGGCGGCACGACGGGGCGGUUCAAGUUCGCUGGGUUGGAAUAUGCACGAGAAUGCUGGUGCGCCCAGGAGAUCUCGACGCUGUCGGACAAGUUCCCCGACAGCGCGUGCGAUCUUCCCUGCGAGGGCAACAAGACGCAGGCGUGCGGCGGGAAUCUGAAGCUGACGGUUUACAUGGCGGGUUCUGCGGCCGCUGCCCGGGUCGCAUGGGCUGCUGGGCUGGUUGCCUUUGGCGCAGUGUCUCUUGCAUUAUUGGUAUAAUCAUCCACACGAUGAUAGCCCAUGGUGGGGAUAUUGCUACAUUCUAACGGGGAGCGUUUCGGAUAGAACUUUAGAUACCUAUUUGGCGUGGGUUCCAGCGGAGAAAUAUACCUUA